CCCAAGUGGUAAGAGGCGAUGAUAGAUAAGUCACUUACUUAUAUAGUUGGUGGUGGUAACUAAAAGUACUUCACGGAAGGACGCCACCUUAGGUUGGGUCAUUGUGCAAGUGCUCGUCCAAAGUUAAGGGUCUAAAGGCAAGGCUCUCUCUGAAUAACUGGAUCGUCUCAAGUUUACCCAGUCUAAGUGAAACUUAUCAGUAGGGAUUAUCAGGAAUCGAUAAGUCUCAACUUUACCCAUAACUGACAGAAAUAAUCAUCGUUAUCAUCAGUAUUACACACAAAUUUCCGUGUUGUCAAAAACUGUGAAUUAAGAUUAACUUGAAAAGUGAAAAGUGACAUCCUUAAUAAUUUAGCAAAUAAAUAUGCAGCCCCAACAAAUUCGCGACCAGGUUGAAGCGGGUGGUCCCACCGCGGCGGAAAUUAAUACAAUGUGCGCCUCCGGUUUGUUACGGAUUCAAGACAUUCUUCGCCCCGCGACGACAAAUAACGGCGCAAAUAACGCCACGCCAUUCAUCAAUCAUCACAAUAAUCCCAUGUUAAAUGGGGUCCACCACCCCCACCAUUUGGCCAACCUGCAUUCUCAUCACCUCCAACAACACCACCAUUUCGCCCACCAUCCGCAACACCAAUUGACCUCUCACCUCGCCCCCUUUGGUGGAGGGUCACUGGUGGGGAUGAAAAACUCGCCAAUUUCCCCACCCAUCGGACCCGACCAAAGUCCUCCGGCUACCCCGCCGAUGCACUCGCCAGAUUCGUACAAGGCUUCAAAGGGCAGCAGUUUAAGGGAUGAGAAGGGAUCUCCGGACAGUGGGAAAGAUUGUUUGGACAAGUCGGGAUCUCGCGAUGCGGACGGGAUUCGCCGCUAUCGGACCGCCUUCACCCGAGAACAGUUGAACCGACUGGAGAAAGAAUUCUUUAAAGAAAACUACGUCUCGAGACCGAGAAGAUGCGAGUUAGCGGCGCAACUUAACCUGCCAGAGUCCACUAUCAAGGUUUGGUUUCAAAAUCGUCGCAUGAAGGAUAAACGUCAAAGGAUGGCGUUGGCCUGGCCCUACGCGGAUCCCGCGCUGGCAGCGUACAUUCUCCAUGCCGCGGCUGCCUCCGCGUCAGCCGCGAAUUACGGCCCAUACGGACCCGCCGCGGCCGCUUCGGCGGCAAUGUAUCAAGCCGCCGCGUAUUACCCGCAUCAUGCCGCGAUGGGGGGUCGAAAUCCUUUCCCGGGAAGUGGAGGUCAACCCGGAGGUCAAGGUCAAGUUACUGGCGGUACCCCACUCCGAGGCGGGUAUCCCCCCCAACAAGGUCCCUACCCGGGGCAGAUGAGAACCCCGAAUUUCUACCCGGGGCGAUCUGACCUCCUCCGAAACGGAUCCAUGGACGAUUUAACCACCACGACGACAACCCCGUCCACAAUUCCGGUCCCGAUGUCGUCCACCUCCCCGACGACGUCGUCCUCCUCGUCAUCCUCGAAUCACGGGGGCGAAAGGAACUGUCACAGUCACAUUUCGGUCGAUGGUGGGUUAGAAAGUCCCCGAUUUUCACCCGGUCCUCAUCACCACCAUCACCACCACCACCAUAAUCACAGUCUUAACAGCAGUAGUGGGGGCAGCAGUGGGGGGGCGACGAAGAGUCCGUCGCCCAUUUCGCCACCCAUCGGUUCCGCCGGGGCGACGACGGCGUCAGCGUCAACCACGACGACACCAACGUUAUUCCAACCGUACAAGGAGACCACGAAGGCGUAGUUCGUAAAAAAGGAUUUGUUACAUGGUAAAAGUGAUCUCUUCUGUAUUUUGCUCUCUCUGAUGUGAGGAAGAAAGUGGUGUGUAUUUGCAUAAUAAUCUCGCCUCGCCCCCAGGACAAGCUGGUCAUCAUUACAUAGAUAAGUACUUAUAUUGUCGAUUAUAAUAAUUGUGUAUGUACAAUUUUUACUUCGGAGUGUGCCAAACAUGUUAGUAAAAUGGUUGCAAUAUUAGCCAUAUUUUUUGUAAUAAGUAAGUAUUUAAUUAAUUAAUUAGUUAAUUAAUAGAAAUAUGUACUAGUAUUUAUCCUUAAUUUCUCUGCCGUAGAUAAUCAAGCUGCCAAAUCGCCUCAUUUCCUCAUUUUACGAACAAAAAUUUUAUACGUGUUGUUUUUUUAUUUACAAAAUUUUCAAAAAAAUAUAAUAUUUUUUAUUUAAAUGAUACAUUAAGUUUACUGCUGGUAGCUAAAUUAUAAUAUUAUGCGUCAUAUCUUAUGAUCGAAUUUCAUGUAAUACUACAAAAAACUACAAUCUCAUUCUUCUUAUUACGUGUGUGUGUCUCUAGUAUUAUUAAAAAAUAGGAUAAAAGUACGCUCUCUUCUCUUCUCUCUCAUAAUAAAAACUUCCCGUCGUAAUAAUACAGACAGAAAUGAGAAGUUUUUUAGUCCCUAGUUUAUAAUAGCGUAAAACGUGGAAUGGAUUGGAUUUCCUAGUGUGUAGAGUAUGUUAUGUUAUGUUAUCCUUAAAGUUAUACUUACAUUAUGACAAAUAAAAUAAUAAAAUGCGCCAUAAAAAUUCA